GUCGUCUUUUCUGUCCGUUUGGCUUCGGUCGCUUUGGCAUCUGGCAGACAUUUUCCACAACCAUCGCGGCAAGUGUCAUUGCGCCUGUUUGUGUCUAUUACUCGUGUCGGCAUCAUACAAUCAGUGAAAAUGUCCGCGGAUACUACGAACGAAAAGGUGGAGAGCAGCACAUCGGAGACGAAGCCGCAGGAUCUAAAACCGCCGAUUAUGCCGAACAAUAAUAACAAUCGAGGCGGCUUUCGGCGCGGCGGCGCGCAGAAAUUUGGUAUUCGGCGACAAAACACGGGACCGUAUCAGAAAAACGAUGAAAAGAAGCGGUUCAAACCAAACAAUUUUCAACAAAAUGAUAACCAGAAUCACCAGAAUCAACAAAACCAUCAGAAUCACCAGAACCAUCAAAAUCAUCCGAAUCAUGUACGCGGUGGCAUGCAUAACAAGCAUAUCGCUUUCGAUCGCAUCCUCAAAGAGAAGCUAAAUGAGAUUUCCGGCCCGACGCUCGAUUUGCUUCCAUUGGAGAAUAAGGAAAAGAAAUUCACUAGCCGCGGUCGACUUUUCAUAGGUAAUCUUCCGCUUGAUAUUACAGAAGCUGAAGUUACCAAUAUGUUUAAACAAUACGGCGAGAUUAGCGAAUUAUUUAUUAACAAAGAUAAACACUUUGGAUUUCUCAGAAUGGACUAUCAGCAUAAUGCUGAGAAAGCAAAGAACGACCUGGAGUCAAAGCCUAUAAGGGGAAAAUACUUCAAGAUUCGUUUUGCUCCUAAUGGCACAACGAUAAAAGUUAAGAAUUUAGAUGAAUAUGUUACAAACGAGUUGCUCUGCCACGCGUUUUCCAUUUUCGGAGAGAUUAACAAAUGUGUGGUGGUAGUUGAUGAUCGCGGCAAGACAACGGGGGAGGGUUUCGUCGAAUUUGCCAAAAAAGGCAGCGCUGCCAAUGCAGUGGAAAAAUGUAAUGAACAUUGUUUCUUCUUGACUUCAACAUUGAGGCCUGUCAUUGUUGAGCUGAAUGAUGCCAAUGAUGAGAUUGACGGACACGCCGAAAAGUACGUGAAUAAGAGAAAUCAGGAAUUUUAUAAUCAUCGGAACGUGGGGCCCAGAUUCGCUAAACCAGAAUCAUUUGAACAAGAGUAUGGCAUGCGUUGGAAGAACCUGCACGAAUUGUACAACCAGAAGAUUGAGAAUAUCAAGAAGGAGUUGGCAAUUGAGCAAGAGAAACUGGUAGCGCAAAUGGAAUUAGCGCGAUACGAACACGAGACUGCGAUGCUGCGCGAACAAUUAAGAGCGCGCGAGAUGGAUAUGGAUAGACAAAAGAAGGAGUGGGAAAUGAAGGAACAGCAAGCUGAUGAGGCUCGACGUAUGGCCGAUCAAGAGAUGCGCCAACAGGAGCAGGAGAUGCAGGCGCGAAUGAUGCAACAAGAUGAAGAAAUUCGUCGCCGGCAGGAGGAAAACAAACUUUUUAUGCAAGCACAGCAACUGGAUAAUAUGUUGAACCAUCAGGAACAAGCAUACGAGCAGGGACCGCCGGAGGAAAUGUUUGAUCGCCCGCCGCGCAACGACAACAACGAGGGGGGUGGUUUCAACAAUCGGUUUGAACAACCGCCGCAACACAACAUGCAAGGCGGCGGCUUCGGUCAUCGCGGUGGGUAUGGCCGUGGAGGUGGCGGCGGCAACAACGGGCGCUGGAUGCAAAACCGCAACGACUUCUUCAAGCGGCGUCACUUUUAAUUCAUUGCCAUCGCGACGUAACCGUGCAUCACUAUCCUCCGCGCAUUGGGUGAAUAGUUUUAACAUACUGAUGAACGACAUAAUUAUCUCAUGCUAUCAUAAUUACUGUGUGACUGUCAAACUCGUGUGCUUGUAAUAGUAUUAUUAAGUUGGAAAUUUCAAUUUUUUUAUAUUAUUUAUAAUGAAGAAUGCAACUGAUUUUGACGAAGAUUAGAGACUAAAUCAUUUUCAAACAACUUAGCUCUGUUACGAACACGUGAAUGCGAUUAAAUAAAGGGUAUGAUUGAUUCAAGUAAUUAAGUAAUCCUCUCCCGAAGAGAUACAGUUAGUAAAAACCGAUUUAGUGAUUACGCCAUUUUUUGUUGUUCAAUAAUGAGUUUACCAAUCAACACAGCACCAACUAUUUACUGAUAUUUUUAUGACUGUAUUAUUAGUGUGUUUGUAAUAAAGAUGUCAUUUCCAUGAUAUUAAUUUAA